GCUGAACUUGUCAACCCGUCGUCUGGUACUCACUCUCCUCGGCCGGGCGAUAUCAUGCCUCCCAAACGGAAAGCCCCUUCAGCCGCGGAUGACGAACAACCGACCACGAAACGAGUGACGCGCUCUAGGAAGCCUAGUGCAGAGCAGGUCGUCCUUCCCACCGUCAAGCCGCGCAAACCGAGACGCGGCGCUGCUAAUAGUGACAUUUCACCGGACGUCGUAAAACCUCCGCAAGACGCGCCUAUUGCUACCAGAACGCGACGAACAGUCUCCCGCUCGGAGCCCGCUGAAGACGCUGCUCCUGACCCACGACCUAGACCGAGCCGACCGCGUACCAAAGCUCAGAAGAAGCCAGCUGCAACAAAGAGGAGGGGGAAACGCGCAGUGGUUGAGGACGAAGAUGACGAGAAAUCAGACGAGGUGCCGUUGUCUUUGCCUCAAAAGCCCUUUGCACGACCUGCCACGCCUCCGAGACCGAGCAAUUCGAGACCCUCAACAUCUCGGGUGUUCAUGGAGUGUGUAGAGAUCCGGACGUCGGCCAGAAGUCUUACAAAUGGCAUGUCUGCUGUACGAUAUUUGAACGCUGGCGCGCCAGCAAGUGGGCCUCCACGCUCGUCGACACCUUCUCCGUCGAAGCGCAUCGGACCUCCUACAUCUCCAGCUAAGUCGCGGCCUAAUGGUCCUGUUCGCGCAUCUCCUGCUGCAGAGGACAUUGGGGCACUUGCGGGCCCUUCCUCUGUACCUAUAUCGCCGCCCGCGACACCGAGCAAGGGUACAUCUCAAACACGUACUCCAAUCGCAUCUCCUUCAAAACGCCGAGGAGUAGCAAGCGUACAGUCUUCUCCGACUCGUCAGGCCAAAAACUUGCCUCCUCAUCUCUACGCAUGCCUGCAUGCCCAACAGCGCGAGAUACUGCAGUCCCUUCGUGACGUUCCGGAUAUCGAAGACGAGCCCGUUGAGGCUGAAGACGAGGAACCACCAACGAACGCGGUAGCCUUCGAGGAGCUAAGUAAUCUCCUCAGAGGCACUGUCCUCCGGGGGGAGGGAAAUAGUUGCUUGCUCAUCGGAGCCCGAGGAAGCGGCAAAACUAGAAUUGUUGAGAAGGCCAUCGCAGCCCUCCCAGAGCGACCUAUUAUCAUUCGCCUUUCGGGACAUGCGCAACAGAACGACCGUCAAGCAAUACGGGAGAUCGCACGUCAGCUCACACAACAGACUGGGACGUCUUUCCUACCCACUGACGAUGAGAAAACUGCCGAAGAUGGUCUCAAUGACCCUGAGAACCCCUUCCUCGAGAGUCGGGACGUUGCAGACGCGGUCUCUGUGAUUGCUUUGCCGGCUCCCGCACACUUGCUGGCACUAAUCUCCAUGAUACCGACGCUGCCUCGCGCCACCGUCAUCGUCUUGGAUGCGUUCGACCAAUUCGCAAGCCAUGCUCGUCAAUCACUCCUCUACUGCCUGCUCGAUACAGUGCAAAAUUGCCGAGUGGGCAAAGCCAACAAGGGCCUGGCAGUGGUCGGCGUGACUGCACGCGUUGACACGAUCAACCUGCUGGAGAAGCGCGUCAAAAGUCGAUUCUCCGGCAGGAUGCUCCGGACAGCUUGUCCUCGUCGAUUGCGAGACUGGACGAAUCUUGCGCGGACUAUCCUGACCGCGCCGAGAGCGCAAGAUGACGACAACGACGAGUGGGAACCUCUAUGGGCUGCGUCUGUGGAAAGCUUCCUCGGCCAUCCUGGAGUGAAGGAAUGCUUCAAGGACACGUUUGGGCUCACUCGAGACGUCUACACACUGCGUCGUCUAUUGGUUCCUGUCGUGAUCGAGCUUUCUGAGACUACUCCGUUUCUCUCGCCGGCCACGUUCACCGCUGCCGCCGGCACUCAGCGCUGCCCUGCACGUUUCCCCUUCCUCUCCGAACGCCGCCGACAUACAGCCCUGCCAUACCCUUCCAUAUGCCUUCUGAUAGCGGCGAUGCAUGCGCGGGCGUCAGGGCAUGAGAGCUUCACGUUCGAGAUGCUGCACGAGGCCUUUCGCGAUCAGGUGCGCACAUCGCAGUCUGCGCCCGUGCAGGUUGACGGUGGGAGCAUCGGCAUGGUCCGGUGCAGUCGCGAAGUCCUUAUGGGCGCUUUUGAACAACUUGUCACACUGAAGGUCUUCCUUGCUACCGCUCCGUCCUCGAGCAGCGUCGCUAGGGAGUUUGUCCCGCAUCGUUGCGCGGUUGAUAGACUGGAGGUGAAAAGGGCGGUGGAGUCUAUGGGACAGACUAACCUCAAAAAGUGGUUGAACAAGAUGCAAUGAUAUGUUUCUCUCGCUUCGUGAACGGCGUAUCUGUGAGAAACAUUGACCGGACGGUCUUGUAUCAUGGGCGGUAGUGAGACGCUUCUUGGACAAUGACAAUGUGAUGCUGAUGUGAUGAGCGCAAUGUGUCUGUCCAGCAUGCAGUUCUUUCUGCGUGUUCAUCAGCCUGCGCAUAUAGCAUACGCUUGGCCCACACAUCAUGGCUUUUAG